AUGGCAUUCCAGUCAAUGCUCAACGGUGCCGAAUGCUCUACCGGUAACAAUGGUCUAGCUCAGAUGCUCAAACACACUCAGCAAGAUCGGUCGAUUCAACAUGGUGAUCGCACUUUCGCAGGUCAACCUCAGAUGGGCCCCGCUGGCAUGCGACAGCAGCAUCAAGCCGGUUCUAACUCGGACGCAGAAGCCUUCUUCCGUCAGCAGCAAGGCGCUUCUGUGCCAGGUGCUUCUUCGUCGGCGUUCGAUCUUCAAGCCAUACGCAACGAACUCAACAGUACCAUGCCUGCUUUCCAACGUCCUAAUGCAGGCGCACAAUGGGCUAAUCAGAUGCCACGUACGGGCACACCGUCCAGUGCAGAUAUGGAAGCCGCUUUUGCUCGAGGUGGCGCACCUGCUCGACAGAUGCAGCCUCCUGCAGGCUCGUCUUCUUGGGCUCAACAGUUUGGCUCGCCUCAGCACCAGCAGCCCACGAUGCAACAGAUGCCAGGUGGUGAUGGUUCCGGUUCAUCAGGUGCAUAUUCCUCUCGCCCUAUGAUGGGUUCUUACGGCGGUAUGGGAAUGGGUGGUAUGGGUAUGGGUGGUAUGGGUAUGGGCGGGAUGGGAAUGGGCAUGAUGGGUAGUAUGGGUUCUGUGGGUCUCUCGCAGCAACAACAGCCACAGCAAGCGCAAACAUCGCAAUCCCGCUUCACCGAACUCGAUGACGCCAAAUGGGAAGAGCAGUUCAAGAAGCUCGAUGCUGAACAGGCCGAGGUCGAGUCCAAGGGCAAGGGCAAAGCCAAGGAAUCCGAAGCCGAUCUCCUCCCAUCUGAGGCGGAACAAGCUGAAUCCAUCCGACGCGAACUUGACGCUAUCGAUCAGGAACUCACUGCCGAUGGACAAGAAGCCAACUCUCGCUUUGAAGAUCUCUGGCGAUCCAUGAACGCACGUAGCGGCAUCCCACCUUCUGCUGCCGAUGCAGAGCUGGCCAAGUGGGAAGAAGAGAUGUUGAGGGCCAGAGAAGACGAUGACGAGCAGUUCGGAUAUGCUCAUCCUUCAGGUGGUUUGGGAGCUGGCCGCAACGGAUUGGACGAGAUGGGUGCACUUGAUGGUACAGAAGAUGCACUCCUGGAUGGCUUCGGCGUUGUCGGUCCCGAUGGAUACCCUCGCUUGGGUCUGUACAGGAUGAAUCAGCAGAACCCUUUCCAGACGCACCCAGAUCCGCUAUCCGAGGGCUUGCGACUUCUCGCCAACGGCGGCAACCUUUCCGACGCAGCUCUUCUCUUUGAAGUGGCUACUCAACGCGAGACUCAAGGUGGCACAGGAGGGGAAGUUGAAAGAGGCGAAGUCGAUCGUUCGCGCCGAGAACGCUCCGAGGCAUGGCGAAGACUCGGCGAGUGCCAAGCCAUGAACGAGAAAGAAGCCCAAGCCAUUCGUGCUCUGGAAGAAGCGAUCAAGAUUGACGAAAACAAUCUCGAAGCCUACAUGUCACUCGCCAUUUCUUACACAAACGAAGGUUAUGACACCGCAGCGUACCAGACGCUCGAGAGGUACAUCAACCGCGCGUACCCCAACAUCAAGGCUGGUCCCUUGCCAGCAGAGAUUUCAGGCUCGAAAGAUCCGAUCGAAGGAACGGAGGGAAAUCCUUGGGCGAGUUUGAACAGGGUCACGGAUAUGUUCUUGCAGGCUGCUAGACAGGGUAACUCGGCGGGACAGAUUGAUCCAGAAGUGCAGGUCGGGUUGGGAGUGUUGUUUUACACUCAGUCUGCGUAUGAGCAGGCUCAGGAUUGUUUCAAUACUGCGCUUAGUGCUAGACCCAACGAUUUCUUGCUCUGGAACCGACUCGGUGCGACACUCGCAAACGGUGGUAAGCCGGAAGAAGCAAUCACAGCAUACCACAAGGCGCUCGAGCUCAGACCAACUUUCACUCGAGCUAUCUACAAUCUUUCAGUUUCGUGUCUCAAUCUUGGAGCGCACCACGAAGCAGCAGAGCACUUGUUGGCAGCGCUUAGCUUGCAACAAACUCACACGUUGCCGGAUGUGCCGGAAGGAGAACAACCCAAGCCUACACCACUUGCGGAGGCUGGUGAGAGUCACAAUCUCUGGUCGACAUUGAGGAGGAUCUUUUUGGUGAUGGAUAGGAUGGAUUUGGCUCAGAAAGCACAUGUUGGGUCUGAUUUGGGUCAGUUUAGAGGUGAAGGAUUCGAGUUCUAG